AUUAUCCCAUACAUUAAACAAAGUGAUCACCAUGACUUUUCUCUUUAGUACUCUCCAGUUGUCUCUCUUCUCUUUGGCCCUUGUAAUCUUUGGUUACAUUUUCCUCAGAAAACAAUUGAGUAGAUGUGAAGUUGAUAGCUCCACGAUUCCUGAGCCAUUGGGAGCUUUGCCUCUAUUCGGACACCUCCAUCUUUUGCGUGGCAAAAAACUCCUUUGCAAGAAAUUAGCUGCCAUGUCCCAAAAACAUGGUCCUAUCUUCUCCCUCAAGUUAGGGUUUUAUAGGCUGGUUGUAGCCAGCGACCCAAAAACGGUGAAAGAUUGUUUCACCACCAACGACUUGGCUACAGCAACCAGACCCAAUAUAGCCUUUGGUCGGUACGUAGGCUACAACAAUGCAAGUCUGACUCUGGCUCCCUAUGGAGACUAUUGGCGUGAGUUACGUAAGAUUGUCACCGUCCAUCUAUUCUCAAACCACAGUAUAGAGAUGCUUGGUCACAUUCGUUCUUCAGAAGUAAACACGUUGAUCAAACACCUAUACAAAGGGAAUGGUGGAACUUCUAUAGUGAAGAUUGACAUGUUAUUUGAGUUUUUGACCUUCAAUAUAAUCCUUAGGAAGAUGGUGGGGAAGAGGAUUGGUUUCGGUGAAGUGAAUAGCGAUGAAUGGCGUUAUAAGGAGGCCCUGAAGCAUUGCGAGUACUUGGCUGUGAUUCCUAUGAUAGGCGACGUUAUUCCAUGGUUGGGAUGGUUGGAUUUUGCAAAAAAUUCUCAAAUGAAGAGACUAUUUAAGGAGCUUGACUCAGUCAACACCAAGUGGCUCCACGAACAUCUCAAGAAGAGAUCAAGAAAUGAGAAGGAUCAAGAAAGAACAAUCAUGGAUCUACUGCUAGACAUCUUACCAGAGGAUAUUGUGAUAAGUGGACACGUACGCGAUGUCAUUGUGAAGGCAACAAUUUUGGCUCUCACAUUAACAGGAUCAGACAGCACAUCCAUCACUUUGACAUGGGCGGUAUCGCUGCUACUCAACAAUCCAGCUGCUUUAGAAGCAGCACAAGAAGAGAUUGAUAAUAGUGUCGGCAAAGGUAGAUGGAUUGAAGAAUCCGAUAUACAAAACCUCAAGUACCUACAAGCUAUUGUUAAGGAAACGCACCGACUUUACCCGCCGGCUCCUCUAACAGGUCACAAAUCAAAGAAUCUUUAUUGUCAUUAUAAUUCUUAUUUCAUGACCUUAUUAAUCUUGUAAAUGUUCAACCUGAAUUGUUUAUACAAAAUGAUGAAUGAUUAGGAAUCCGCGAAGCACGUGAAGAUUGUUUCGUGGGAGGAUACCGUGUUGAGAAAGGCACACGCUUGCUCGUAAACAUAUGGAAACUUCAUAGGGAUCCCAAGAUCUGGCCUGACCCCAAAACCUUUAAGCCUGAGAGGUUCAUGGAGGAUAAAUCACAAUGUGAAAAGAGCAACUUUGAAUACAUUCCUUUCGGUUCGGGAAGGAGGUCGUGUCCGGGAGUCAAUCUUGGUCUAAGAGUUGUACACUUUGUAUUGGCUAGAUUGCUUCAAGGGUUUGAGUUACACAAAGUGUCUGAUGAACCACUGGAUAUGGCUGAAGGGCCUGGUUUAGCCUUGCCAAAGAUUAACCCGGUCGAAGUAGUUGUAAUGCCUCGGCUCGACCCGAAGUUGUAUAGUUUACUCUAAACCAUUGUGUACUCGAUAAUUAUUGGGAGCUUCUUGUGAUCAUGCCUUUCUGAUUUUAGACAUGUAUGGUGUCAAUGGUUUAAAAAAACAAUUUGGGAAAGGAGAGACAACCAUAUUGGAACAACUUUUUAUAUUGAAUAAUAUUGUAUUAAAUGCUGUAUAAAUCAUAUACAUGCACAUAUUGAAAGAAAAGUUAGUAUAAAAUUUAGAUGAAAGCAUAUAUAAUGGUUCAUUUAUUUGUUUAGUGAAAAAAAGAAAGAUCUUUGGGAGAAAAGGAAUCACAUUGUAAGAUUUUUGUAACUUAG